CGCGGUUUAGGAACGUUAACCAUAAAUUUCCCGCCAAGUACCAUUACCGUUGGAUAUUGGGUGCCAUUCCCACCCCCAUUUUCCACCCCAAGUCACGUGUUCUUUGGUACUUCCCCCCUGAUAUACCAAGAAUCUAGCCAUAAGCCAUGGAGCUCGAGAGCGGACAGAAGGUCGGUGAAAUAUUCACGGCCGCUGGAGCAGCGUUCAACAAAUUGGGAGAACUUACCAUGCAAUUACACCCAACUACGGAUUCACCCGCCGGUAAAUGGACUGACGAAGAAAUUGAAAUGCUUCGUCAUUCUGUAAAAACGUUCAGCGAAGAUCUGAACAAAAUCAGUGAACACAUCAAGGGAAGAACAGUAUCUCAGAUAAGAACGACGCUUAAGAAAAAAGCUUUCGAAGAAGCCGGGGUACCGAUAAGGCAACAGCAAGUUAUUUCUCAACAAAAUGUCCAGCAAAGUGGUGGCGGCGGAGGCGGUGGGGGAGGCGGAACAGGUCAGCAGCAGGCUCAGACCCAGAAACAACAAGCGGCUGGUAAUCAAGGCAUGAUGGGUAAAUCCGCAGAAGUUACCCUCAACAUGUUAAACGCCCCAGAAUCUGAAGUAGACGUCGAAGGUUUACCGGAGGAAUGUCAAGUUAAGUUAGAGUUUGAAGGAGCGACAGAGGAGGUUGCCUCCUAGAUUUGGUUGGUUGUAAAAUAUUUUGAAGGGUGGGUGAGCUUAUUACUGGGUAAAUAUUGUUGUUUAUUCAAAAAUAAGUAGGAGAAAAUUGUGUAUAUUUAUGAGGAGCAUUUGAUUGCUCUGCGUUGAUGCAAAGAAUAUUAAUAACGUAAAUAGGUAUAGGUAAUUAGAAAUACGAUUGAUCAUUCUCAAUCUUACAGGAAAAAUGUGUAUUUAUUAAGAUUUUCAAAGGUAUUAAUUAUAACCUGUACUUUGGAUGUUUGAAAGAAAUUAUUUUUCAAUAAAAAUUUAUGUAUGUUUCCGUA